CCUCGGACAAUCCCCCAGUUAGUCGUGUUAUCAUCACAAUAAACUCAACUAAACUCGUGUUACCACUGAGGUUUAUUCAUUAUUACAAUCCCCUCGACUCCCUCGAGCCCCGGAAAAUUCAGUUCAAUGUGAUUUUUGGUGCAGCCAUGAGACAUUAUCCGUCGCGCAAUAGAAAAUUCAGUCUGAGACCAGCCAGACUGACGCCAAUGGUGUCCAGACAACACCAAUUACCAUCUAUUUAACGUUUUAUAUAUUUUUAUUAUCAUUGGUGCAGUGAUAAUACAUCGAUUAAAAUAUUUCGGUGGUGUCUGGAGUUUUUGGUGGUAUAAUCAGUGUCUGUGCUGUCAUUUCCAGUGAGUGAUCAUAUGUUUUUGUCGCAACAUCUUUUUUCAACGCAUCGACAACGAAGGAAUUUAUUUCUCAUUCUCACUCGACAUUCUACUCUGGUCUCGAUAAAGUGAAAGUGGAUAUGCAGGCGGAGCUAAUGUGUCGAAAACCACUUGUGAUGACAGGAAGAAAUAUGUCAGAGCACCAGAAUUAUCACAGGGGUAAAAAUGAAUCUCGAGAUUCACGGGAAACGAUUCACUCUGGUCACUUCAUGGUCUCGGAUUUUGAGGCCGAGGCGCAGGACGACGAAGACGAGCUUGCGGUACCUGUACCCGAGGAAGAAGCUGCUAAACUCGCGAUUGUCGCACCCGCUGGAUUUUCUCUGGAGAGAUUUGUUAAUAUAUCGAAUGCUGAGAAGAGCUCGCAGCAGCUCAGCAUCGAGACGUCAUUGAACAAAUUAUUUCAAUGCAUGUCACUCGCGUACAGACAGAAGCUGACGUCUCCUAAGUGGAAUCGAUUCAAAGGCAUCAGACUGCGAUGGAAGGACAAGAUCAGGCUGAACAACGUCAUCUGGAGAUGUUGGCACAUGCAGUUUAUCCUGAAGCAAAAUACCCUGGUGUGUCAAUUUGCUUCUCCCCUGGACGUAGACACUCACAACAAGCCAGAAGCAGUGGUGUUAGAGGGUAAAUACUGGAAACGAAAAUUAGCGGCGGUUACAGCGGAGUACAAAAAAUGGCGUAUGUUUUAUCGGAACAAGAUUCUUGGUUGGACCAACAAGGAUGGAACAGAUAUGUUGGAAUCGAUGGACAUGCUGGACUGGAGCAGUGGUAUGGGAUCAUCCGGGGGCUUUUCGUCAGGACUUAUGAAUUCCCACGGGAAUCUCAGUGGUCUACAGGGCCCUGAUAGUAUGAUGGUUGAUGAGGAUUAUAUGGAACUCAUGACUGACACGUUAUUCUCAACAAUAAGCUCAAAUCAACCCAUUUAUUUUCCCGAUCCCCGAGAAAUCGCUCGUGGAGCGAGUCUCGCCGAUUUUAUCCAGCCGUCGCUGGGUCCUCUACAACCGAAUCUUGACGACUUCAUGGACACCCUGGAGCCGCUCCAGGAGUUUCUCAUCUCAAAGCUGCCCCCAGUCCCUGAGGAGGACGAUCUUUUUCGAUCGACAAGCCUUAAUCCCACCUACUCAGACCUCGACCUGAUGUCCUCGAUGAAUCUUCAGGCAUCUCAGCCUCAGAGCACCACUCAAAUGUCUCAGGUACCUUCCACCAUUCCCCAGCCCCCGACACCAUCCGCACCCCUCCAAUCCCUCCAGUACUCACCGAAAUACAUCCCAGCCCCACCCCAAUCGACGCAAAUCUACAGACCACCAUCCACACCAUCCGAGACCUAUCAAAAUCAGCGGGAAAAAUCUCAGAGACCUGGACGUUCACCGUCAAGGUCGAAUAGGAUUAUUCAACAUCAGUCAGCCUCGGCUUUCCCCUCGUACCAGACGAGUUACAAUCAAAUGGACAUGGGAGCCAUCCAGGCGAAUCAGAAUAAUCCACAGAUUACAUUGAAUACUCUCGACAGUAGUUUUAAUACUAGGGGAAUUAAGGCCAUUUCCACAACAACUUCGGGGAUGGGUGAUUGCUUCAAGGGCAUUUCAUCCCAGGGAUUCGAGAUGGAACAGAGUCCACAGGGAAAUCAGCCUUUUAAAUUCCGGGGUAAUAACAUGAAGAAUAUUGGGCAGAAUAUCCCACAGCAAGUCACCGUGACAGUCUCUUCAGCUUCUCCAGUGCCAUCGCACAUUCUUCUGCAGUGCAAGCCAUCAGGUCUGGAUUUAACUGCACCAGCUCUUCAUCCAACCAAACUUCUCCCCAAGGGCACUGAAAAGGAGGAAAUAUUCGCUGUGCCGAAGUACCAGAUGAAGGUGAAGAGCCGGAGCAGAAGUUCCAGUGCUCUUGGCUGCCAGAGAAAUCAUCCACCACCACUGGUGUCCGCUGUCUCCGAUCCUGCCAUUAAUGUCAGUAAUAAUGUUUUAUUAGCACAACUGUUGACGAAUAAUUCGAGUGGAUUGUACACUGUCAGCACUGGUCCUGAUAAAAUAACGGGAUUGGGAGGGAGUCAGAGUACUGGAGGCAAGGGGAUGAUGCAGAUGGUUCAAGGAGGCAGCACUGGCGGUCAACUGGGUAGUCCGGGUAGAGGACAAUUAAAUAGUCCAGGUGGUGUUCAGAGUCAGGGUAGUCCCGGUGGUAUGUUGAUGUCGAGUAGUCAGUCACAGGGUAGUCCGGGUUCACCGAAAGAUAGUGGAGUUCAGAGUCCCCAGACAUUGAGUAUAAGUCCACUUCACAGUCCGAUGUGUCUGGGGUGUCCAUUGUCACCAGGAUCUAGGAUUUAUGUCAAGGGUGAACGGGAAGGUGGGGGCUACAAGGAGCAGAGACGGGUGGGGCACAUUCAUGCCGAGCAGAAGAGGAGGUACAACAUAAAGAAUGGCUUUGAUAUGCUACACAGUCUCAUACCUCAGUUGAGUCAGAAUCCUAAUACUAAAUUGAGUAAGGCUGCGAUGCUGCAAAAGGGAGCCGAUUAUAUUCGACAGCUCCGAGCUGAACGAAAUCAGAUCAAGGAGGAAAUGGAGAAUUUGCGUCAUCAGAUCGAGUGCCUUAAUACUUCUAUAAGCAACUGUCAGUCAAUGCUACCUGCGACUGGUGCCCCAGUAUCUCGACAACGCACUAAUAAGAUGAAGGAGAUGUUCGACGAGUAUGUGAGGAAGAGGACACGGGAGAACUGGAAAUUCUGGAUUUUCAGUAUUUUAUUGGAGCCCCUGAUGAUAUCGUUCAAUACCUCCGUCUCCACGGCCAGUGUCGAGGACCUCUGCAGGAGCACAAUACUCUGGGUUGAGCAGCAUUGCUCUCUGGUUGAUCUUAGGCCAGCUGUGUUGAAUUCACUGAGGUAUCUGUGCACUGCGACAGAUAUUUUAUCAGACCCUGGACGCCUUCCUGAAGAAGCUCUGGCUGCUAUCAAUCACACUGAGAGACGUAAAUCGAUGCAGUGACACCACCAAAAUUAUCUCGAUAGAACAAGCACAAAGAUAAUACAAGCUCUUUCAAUACCUAAAGUGCAAUUUUUGUCUCAUGUCAUUUUAAUAUUGUUUAGACUAAUUGCUAAUUACUCUCGGUUUUUCUGCAAAUUCGAGGUUUUUUUUUUUCAUGGGUACAGAUGGAGUUGAGAAGAAAUGUGGAAUUUCACAACAGAAAUACGGAAAAUUCUCAUGUUUAUUUUUGAUCGACAACAGAUUUCCACGAUUUUUAUUAAAAACUCUAGCAUAAUUAUAAACAAUCAUAACGCCAUCAAAUCCUUAAAAAAAGAAAGCUAAAAAUAUUUUUAUACGAAUUUGGCACCACUAGAACCAUAAAAAAUGCCAAUGAACUCUAGUGUAUAAAAACUCAUUUUUGUUGAAAAAAAAUUGUUGACCUUUUCCCAGAAUUUACACAUUAGUAUCAAGAAUGUAAAAAGAAUAAAUAAAGUUACUUAUAUUUGUUAUAAAAUAUAAUAAAAAAAGAACAACGAUAA